CCAUCCAGUCACUGAUAAAGAGCUAUCGUGGGCACUCACUGCAAUCCCGAGCAUCACGUCUCCAGUUCUGUCUCUACCAACCAAAAAAAAACAUGUUAAAAGGCCUCGCCAAACUCUUCAACAUGUCCACCACCACUUCCACCCCCGAUUACUUCCCCCUCUUUCCCUACCUCCCCGGCGAACUCCGAGCCCUCAUCUGGAAGCACGCCGUCGAACCCUACCGCGUCCUGCGCGUAACCCUCUAUCAAAAGGACUUCCCACCCAACCCCCAACUCCCACCCAGCUCCCAGUUCUUGGGUUCCGCGGUCUACGGCCCGCCCUGGAACGUCAAAAUGGGCUGUACCGAUGCACUCGUCGCAGCUACAAGACGCGUGCGCGAUUUGAUGCUGGUUUCGACAGAGGCAUAUCGAGAUAUUAUAGACUAUAUCCUGCCCGAUCGGAUCCAUAUCACGGUCGAUUGGGACCCUCCCUAUUUGCAGGGGAUGCAUAUGUUCGCGAGUAAAGGCGAGAAGGUAUACAAGAUUCCAUGGAACAGGAGGACCGAGAAGGUUUGUUUGGAGAUGGUGCAUUUGAAGUGGGAUACUUACCAGAGUGGGGGGAUGAGGGAGGGAAUGUGGGAAAGGACAAGGGAGGAGAUACCGAGGGGGGGCGACCUACCUGCGCCGCCGGUGUGGGUUAACGAGGUCGGGUAUGAGCCGUUUGGUCAAGACCCUGAGUCCAACUCGGAGUCGGAUCCCGAUGAUAGUCGUGAUCCAUCAAGGCCAUCGAGGUUUUACGUCCCUCCCACCGAAGCCAUCGCCGGGCUCUCUCUCACUGAACCAGACUCAGACAUGGACCUACAUAUAGACCCCAGAGCACCAGGCGAGAUCUACAUCCCCCACACACUCGCCCAGGUCAUCAUUAGAAGACACAUCAGCCUCGCCCCCAUCCUUACUCGCCUCGCCCCCGUCGCAUACGAAUCCCUCAUCCCACUUCUUUUGCUUUGCAAGAUCCUGCGCGUCACUAACAUAACCAUCAUCGCCGACUCCAUCCUCUACAGCGACCUUCCUGCUGGCCCCAGUCCAUCAUGGGUAGACGAACACAAAGUACUUCACGAACCGUGGAUGGCGGAGUUAAGCAGGUUGAGCACUGCGUUGGCGGAUCUUUUAAACUCUGAAACAUCAACAACCCAGCCCCAGCCCCAAACCCAAACCCGGCACGAAGUCCUAGCCCACGAACUCUGCGCCAUGUCUCUGUCCCCCGCCGACUUACGCAAGAUCCGCUUCUAUCGCCUUCGCGAUCCAAAUCCACCAACAGCGUUCCAAGACGGCCGUCGAAACGCGCGGGAGACACGACGGGUAGGAGGAGGAGAAUGGGGAAACGGUCAUCCUGGAACUUCAAAUCGGGCAGGUGCAUGGAAUGGGGGAGAUCAAAAUCGUGCGCAAGAGCUGAGUAGAAGGGAGGGACAGUAUGGUCGGUUUGGAAGCAGGAGGGGGUGGUGGUCGGGACUGGGAUCGGGAGGGAGGUCAUGGAGUACGGGGUCGGGAGUAAGAAUGGGAUACGGGUACGCGGGGAGGGGAGGGUUGGAUUUGGAGCUGGGAGCAGGGCAGGGGACGGUUAGGGAGGUAGUGGCGGGGGGAGUGGGGUGGGAAGGCUUGGGUGCGAUGGGUGCAAUAGGCAGCGGGAGGGUGCUUGAUACGUCGCCGCCGGUAACGUCGAUGGUGGGAUCUUCGUGGGGUUCGGGAUCUGGAUUGGGACCGAGAUUCCGGGUUUGA